GAGAGCGAGUGGGCCAUGUGAAAGGUUCAAGAGACCCUCUGUUAGAGCAGUGGUGCUGCUAGAGAAAUGAAAGAGUCCCACGGAUACAAAGAACAUGGAAAUCAGGAAUGAACAGGAUUUUCUUUCUCUUGGAUGCAAGGAGUAAACGGAAGUUGUUGGCUGCAAGAACAUAAAGCGGGGAAUGCAGAUCCCGGAAAGAUACAGAUUAGAGGAGAGCUAGGCCAUGAAAAUCUCUUGAAGGUUAAAGGACACAGAGGGCAAGAAGAGGAAACUAAUAAAGUAGCACAUGGCAUUUGUAUAGCUGGAUUAAAUGCAACAAUAUAUGUGACUGUGAUUACAGAAGCAUAUCUACAAUAUACAUUGCCAGAAAAGUGAAUGAGAACUCCAGUGAAUGAGAACAUCCUUUUUUUAACAGUUAACUGAAAAAUACAUUUGCAUUAAUCAUUGGACAAGCUUACAUAAACUGUGUAUGUUUUUUUUUAACAUUUACAUCAGGCAAAUUUUACAACACAUUGCAGCUGUCAAAAAGGAAGUUUUUGUUGGAUUCUGAAAGAAACUGGACUUUAAGAACAAGCAAUCCAUAUUAUCUGAAGUUCACUGCUAUGGUUAAGGAAACAAUAGAAAUGUUUUUAAACUCUAUCCUUGUGGUCAUUACUGACCUGGCAGCUGGACUUCUUGGCAACGCAUCAUUUCGACGUCAUUUUCAUUUGUUGCUGUCAACAUUGCUUUUAUUUGGGCCCCUCCUGAACCUAUGGGUUUCCCAUUAUAGUGUCUUUGCAAAGAGGACACAUUUUCUUUACAGGGUCUUCCUGCGCUCAGGUUGGGGCUGGACCUGCAUCUUUGUUGGCUCUUUUGUCUUCAUCCUGUCUUUCUCAGUUCGUCGCUCACUCACACUUUCCUUGAGACACCUUUCUCGGCUAGCUGUGGCAAGUGGACUAUGGCUGGGCUUCCGCAAACUGCUUUGUCUGUUAGAAAAUGCCAUCGGGAGUUGCUAUGAGCCCCUCAGUUCCACCCUUGACUUGGCUUCAGGGACCAAUGGAGAUCAACCUUUACUGCUUUUAUGAGAAGGUGCAACAAAGGAGGCCUGUGUCCGCUCUGGUAUGUUGUGGCGUGGCUAUGAAGUAUCUGAAGAUGCCUUCCUACUGUGUUUGUGCUGCCUGCUUCUAGCUGAGGAGACUGCAGUGUUUGGGCCCUACCUGAGCCUGGGUGGACCCUCUAUAGCCCCACUGCGCAUCCUCUUCCUUUUCUGUGUCCUGCUGUUGGGUCUCUGGGUGUUCCUGCUGCUCUGCCUGCUGGCUUACUUCCCCAAGUUUCCUACUCCGCUUUUGGGAGGUGCCCUGGGUUGUUUGAGCUGGAGAGUGUUGUAUCAGGGCUGGUACCGACUUGGACCUAGUUGGUACUGCCCUGGUAGGCCAGGGGUGGGACUUUUGUCUACACGGAGCAAACAGGAUGAGAUAUCUGAGGCACUUUGUGAAACUAAUGCUAAUGAGAUCAACUAGAGAAAGCUUGAGCAGAAUUUGGACUAAUUACAUGUAGUGGUGCUGCAGUGUACCACUGAAACUCACAGAAUAUCCAGCCAAACCUCUGCCAGUACAUGAAGUAUAUUUGAUAAAUUAUUUAUCACAAUUGCUGGUCUUUAUAUAGUUCCUCCAUCCAUGCUUACUAAAUUCUCGACGAGCCCCUGAAAAUGAAAAAUUUAAUAACAUGGUCGAGAACACUUCAAGGGAUAGCUCAACUAAAAAUUUCAUUCAGACCUGUAUGACAUUUUGUAUGAUUUUCACAGUUGUUUGUAUGUCACUGACUUUCUAAAUAUCUUCUUUUGUGUUCCACAGAGGAAAGAAUGUCAUACAGGUUUGGAACAACAUGAGGUUGAGUAAAUGGUGACAAAAUUUCCAUUUUAGGGUGAACUAUAUGUUUAAUGAUUUCAAAAUUUGUCAGGCUCAAGUUUAAAUAUCUUUGGAAACAGUUUUAACAUUAAUACAGAACUGGUUUCACACAUAAAACCGUGAUUAUAUAACAAAUGAAGACACAAAUGAGACAUCAUAUUGAUUUAUUGGGGUUCUUCCUUGACAAUCUCAAUGUUUUUUAUUACAAAAAUACUUGCAGAAUUUCUGGAAAGCUCAGCCUGAAAUAAGAAACUUGUGAUUAAUUUAUGCCCAAACGCAUAUGUAAUUUAAAGACAGAAUAUAAUC